AGUUAAUCUCUAUGAAGCUACUUCUUUGCUCCAGUGUUGCUUAAAUUAACUGAAAUUAUACAUUCUGUUGUGAUGCAUCAUUUAUUCAUGUAUGGAAGUAACCACUGCUUCUUAUGCCUAACUGCCCCUUUUUGAGUUCUCAACUGCCUGAGCAGCUCCACAGGUAGAAUUAAGGAGGUCAUGGAACAAGUUAAUGCAGGCACAGGUUGCUGUGUGAGGGUCUGUAUGACUUCUUUUCCAUAAAGGAGGUGGCAUAAAAUAGAUGAACAUAUUCAAAGUUGUAGGAUAUCCCUCAAAAAAACACACAAGGUAUACACUUGUAUAGCCUUGGCUAAUAACCUAAAUUUAAACCAUUUAAAGGAACUUGUUCCUUAGUGGCAUGAAAAAAGAAUUGUUAUGGUUAAAAUGGAUUUCCAGAUAAUCAGUAGCUUUACAAAAGUUACAGGGAAGAUGAAUGUAUCAUUCCGUUUAAAUCAAGUCAUCCUGCUGUCACUGGAAAUCUCAGAAGUUCAGCUUUGUGGAAGGAUUUAAAGGCAACUCUACAACAAUAAUCGGAUUAGAAGGACUUGCACAGCUACGUGGUCUAAAAACCAGAUAAAAGAAACCGGAGUUCAGACUUGCCACAAAGAAAGGCAGUGAGCUGUAAGGUGCAGAACCUGAGGCUGAUUUUGACAAUUACCUAAAGUAGAGAUGCCUGCAGAUUUCAAUGGUUACUGGAAAAUGAUCAGCAAUGACAAUUUUGAGGAGUAUCUCAAAGCACUGGAUGUAAAUGUUGCUGUAAGAAAAAUAGCAAACUUGCUAAAACCUGACAAAGAAAUCCUUCAGAAUGGGGAUCAUAUGAUCAUUAAAACGCUAAGCACUUUUAGAAACUACAUCAUGGAAUUUGAUGUAGGAAAGGAGUUUGAGGAGGAUUUAGCUGGGGUGGAUGAUCGCAAAUGCAUGACCACGGUUUCUUGGGAUGGAGAUAAGCUACUCUGCAUACAGAAAGGAGAAAAAGAAGAUCGUGGUUGGACUCAGUGGAUUGAAGGAGAUGAAAUGCACCUGGAAAUAAGAGUGUGCGGAGUCAAGUGUAAGCAGGUCUUUAAGAAGGUACAGUGAGCCUACUGCUGAUACCGAAGUGAAGAACAGUAGAAUUUACAGACUUGCCACCAAAUCUCCAAGCACUAGUAAUGAACAUCAUCAGUGAUGAGAGUAAACAGAGAGAAGAAGAUUAGACUAGAACUGUAUAGUCAACAUAUUUUUAACAAAUUAUUUUAAAGAAAUAAUUGCAAAUAAAACCCCA